CACAAGCUAGGUGCAGAGAUGGCGGUCAAGUCUGUAGUUCUUCUCUGUUUUGUCUUAGCCUCCCUCCUGCUCGUCAUCCAGAGUGUGGCGUACGCUAGGGAGCUCACUGAAGCCAAUGGGCCUGAGGGGAAGAGUGUGAAGCGUGCUGGAGGGCCUGGGCACAUGGAUGCAAAGUUGCUACUGGGUGGAUUCAAGCAUGGCAGUGGGUACGGAAAAGAAGGUGGGUAUGGUGGAGGGUAUGGAAAUAAUGGUGGGUACGGUGGCGGAAAUGAUCCGCCUAGCUACGGUGGUGGAUAUGGGCCUGGAUAUGGUGGAGGAUAUGGGCCAGGAUUUGAUGGAGGAUACAAGCACCAUUUCCAUGGCGGUGGUGGCUAUGGGCCUGGAUAUGGUGGAGGCUACGGACCCGGUUAUGGAGGUGGGAAUAGUUGCCCUCCAUGCGGAGCUCCUAGCUACGGUGGUGGUUAUGGAGGUCCAGGCUACGGUGGGGGCAAUGGUGGGGGCAAUGGUGGAGGAUAUGGUAGUGGCAGUGGGUAUGGAGGAGGUGGGGGCUAUGGAGGUGGAUAUGGUGGUAGCAGUUCUCCAUGAAGCACAUACUGCGGCAGUGCAAUCCUACUAAGGAUUUAAAGCACAAGUAUGUCAAAUAAAUCAUGCAGGGGUGAUGUUUCUGAAAAACUUAAUUAUGUAUGGCACCAUGUCCGUGUGGAAUAAACGGUUGACUACUGUUUGCUUGAUUGAAGUACCGUACCACAAUAAAGACUAGGCUUUGUGUGUUGCUCCAUCAUGUAUAGACCGUUUCCAUAUCAGAGUAUUACCGUGUUUUUUAACACAGCUAGGGAUUUCCAUAUCAGAGGUAUUAGCUCCACAAUAAAAGCUAGGGAUGAUCAUGUAUUACCGUGUUUUUUUUAAACUUACUCCUCGUCAUUUAAGGACCUA